AUGAAACAUUUCCACAUCAUUGAAAAAACUCUCCGAGGAAAGCAGUCACCACCACCAGAACCCACAAUGGUAGCUCACUCCACUUCAGGGGCUGUUUCUCCUAACAGUUUCCAUCCUCCACAAUUCCAGUAUACUCGGGAUAAUAAUGUUCUAAGCCUAGAACAGAGAAAGUUUUAUGAAGAAAAUGGGUUUCUUGUCAUUAAAAAUUUGGUGUCUGAUGCUGAUAUUGAACGCUUUCGGAACGAGUUUGAAAGGAUCUGCAAAGGGGAGGUGAAACCACAGGGAAUGAAGAUAAUGAGAGAUGUAACCAUUGCAAAAUCAGAAUUUACUCCAAGUGAAAAGAUGGUUUCAAAGAUCCAAGAUUUCCAAGAAGAUCAGGAACACUUCAGAUACUGCACUCUCCCUGAGGUUCGAGAACUUUCUGCGUUUUCAAGUGAAUAA